AUGAGUAGCUUUGAGUUGAUGGGUGAUGGCAGAAGCAUACUUGCAAAAUACCUGAAGGAGAACAAUUUUGGAGGUGCCAUGGUUUGGGCCAUUGAUUUGGAUGACUUCCUUGGUACAUUUUGUAACCAAGGAAAAUACCCUUUGGUUAGUGAACUGAAGAGAUUGCUUGAAACAAAUGAUCCCAUUGUACCAAACUGCCCUGAUGCAGUUGAUCCUCCAACUGAAUCUCCAACCGAACCUCCAACCGACCCUCCAACUGAUCCUCCAACCGACCCUCCAACUGAUCCUCCAACCGACCCUCCAACUGAUCCUCCAACCGACCCUCCAACUGAUCCUCCAACUGAACCUCCAACUGAUCCUCCAACUGAACCUCCAACCGAUCCUCCAGUUACUCCUCCAGUGGAUUCAGAUCCAUCAUUUUGUGUCGGAAAAGUUGAUGGGCUCCAUCCAGAUCCCAAAGACAGUGGAAAAUUCUAUAUUUGUGUAGGAGAUCGCACUUAUCCGUUCAGUUGUGCAGCUGGCUUAGUCUUCAAUGACAGCUGCAAGUGCUGUGACUAUCCACAUACCAUUAAAAAUUAAACAACAACAACUAAACUCAUUCACUGUGUUAAGAUAAAAAAUCCAAGCAACCUAUUGGUGGGCAUUCACUCAUUGUCAUAGCCCAACUUUUGAGAUGCUUUAAAAAUAAUAAAAAUCUUGUGCAAUGUUUCUCUAAACUGAAUAUGCAUCAUGUAAGAUUUCACAAAACAGCACACACAAAGAAGCCUUUGAAAAGUAAGGGGUAUUCCAUCUGCAUAACUCACAUAAACACAGUUCAGAUUUCUGUCUCUGCCUCAAAGGAAGUAUUAGGGAGCCUACCCUGUUUCCCUGAAAAUAAGACAUCCCCUGAAAAUAAAACCAAGUAGAGGUUUUGCUGAAUUGCUAAAUAUAAAGCCUCACCCAAAAGUAAGACCUAGCAAAGUUUUUGUUUGGAAGCAU